GUGAGCGAGGAAGGCAAAAAGAAGCGAAUGAUGAGCUUAAAACACCAUAACUCCAACUCUGCUUCUCUUCAAUCUCUCUCUUUUGAAGACGUCGCUGACUUCUUCUCCCUUCCUCUCGACGACGCCGCUUCCACUCUUGGCGUUUGCGCCUCCGUUCUCAAGAAAAUCUGCCGUGAAAAUGGUCUUGACAGGUGGCCUCAUCGCAAGUUUUUAGCUGGGAAGAGCAUUGAAGAAAUUAAGAAGCACGCAGAUAGAGAAAGAAGAAAAGAAAUCGCAGAGCUUUCUAAGGCUCAUUGGCAAAGCUCUCAAUCUCAACCACAAAGCAACGAACAACCCAAAUUACAAGAUGGUGCUGUUGUGCCAAACUUACAGCAACAAGGAGCAAAAAACAUACAAAUGGGGCAGACCCUGAAUUUUAACCACCAAAGCUUGAUGAUAGGAACGAAAAUGUCAGAUGAAUUUAAGUUUGGAUUCCCAUCAGAUGGCUUAUCUGUUGCUACAAACAAGUGGUGGGGAAGUAGCAAGUCCGAUGGCGAUGAAGCGGUCGACGUUGAUGGAGCUGAAACCGAGGGAGAAAACAAGCAUCAAAGUAAAGAAUUGCCUGACGAUAUGGCCAAUGACAAACCCAAUGAAAAUGGAAAAUUGGACGACCUUAAUCCUCAAGGGUCAGAUCUGCUGGCAGCUGUUAGAAAAAGGCUGUGGAAGAAGGACGAGAAGCGCUUAAACUUGGCGUCCACAGGGGCCGUGGAAUGAAAAAGCCAA